GAGACAGAGGGAGCCGUGGUCAGCAAAAAAUCUGCUGCAUUUGAUAAGCAACGCACCGAAUAUACCCCAACAAACUGCCACGUUCACACAUAGUACACUAUGCAUUUCUGUCAGGGACAGCAAACCCAAGAUUAAUAACGGAGUAUUGACUAACCCAAAUAACCCCCAAAUCUAAAUCUCGUAAUCACAGACACACACUCCCAAGAUGCAGUACAAGAACCUCGGACGAUCCGGUCUGAAAGUGUCCCAACUCUCCUACGGAGCAUGGGUCAGCUUCGGCAACCAGCUCGACGUCAAAGACGCCAAAGCCCUCCUCCAAUGCUGCCGUGACCACGGCGUCAAUUUCUUCGACAACGCCGAGGUCUACGCCAACGGCCGAGCCGAAGAGAUCAUGGGCCAAGCCAUCAGUGAACUGGGCUGGAAGAGAUCCGACGUCGUCAUCUCCACCAAGAUCUUUUGGGGCGGGUCGGGUCCUAAUGAUAAAGGCCUGUCAAGAAAACACAUCAUUGAGGGCACCAAGGCUUGUCUCAAGAGGCUUGAGAUGGAGUAUGUUGAUUUGAUUUAUUGUCAUCGGCCUGAUACGAGUACUCCGAUUGAGGAGACUGUGAGGGCUAUGAACUAUGUGAUUGAUCAGGGGUGGGCUUAUUAUUGGGGGACGAGUGAGUGGUCUGCUCAGCAGAUUACGGAGGCUUGGGGUGUUGCUGAGAAGUUGGGGCUUGCGGGUCCGAUUGUCGAACAGCCCGAGUAUAAUCUCAUGUCCAGGCAUAAGGUUGAAGUUGAAUACCAGCCUCUAUACACCAACUAUGGCCUCGGUCUUACUACGUGGAGUCCACUUGCCUCUGGAGUCCUGACUGGAAAAUAUAACUCUGGAAAUAUUCCCCAGGACAGUAGGUUUGCACUGGAAAAUUAUAAGAAUCUUGCGAGUAGAACAUUGGUGGAUGAUGUUCUCAAGAAAGUGAGAGGAUUACAGCCAAUUGCAGCAGAACUAGGAGUCCCAUUAGCUCAACUUGCAAUUGCGUGGUGCGCUGCCAAUCCUAACGUAUCAUCAGUUAUUACUGGUGCAACCAAGGUUCACCAGAUUGAAGAAAAUAUGAAAGCAAUCAAGGUUAUUCCAUUACUUACGCCAGAGAUCAUGGACAAAAUUGAGGCUGUUGUUCAGACCAAGCCCAAACGUCCUGAUUCAUAUAGGUAAAUGGAAGAUAUCUGCAAGAGAUAUAUGUUGAGGAGAAAGAUCUGUGUUGAUAAUCUUCCUGUUCCUAUUAUCCUGAUUUCUUUGUUGUAAACUCAUAUUAUGUCUCAUCUCGAACUAAUGACUGCUUAGUCUGAGAUGGAGAUGGUCUUACAUAUGUAAUGUUUAUGUAUUUAUGGUACAUUAUUUAUUCUGUUUUUCUUUA